GCGGCCCCUCUGCUCAGCUCUCACCUACGCCAGAUUCCACCGCCGCUCCCGCGAGGCCCGUCCACCUCGACCGCCACCGCCUGCUUCCCCUCGUCGUCGCCUCCUCGAACCCGAGCCCGAUUUGCCAGUCGCCCCGUCGCCCACACGACUCGAGCCGCCAUGCGUUGGCCUCAAGCCUCGCCCCCGGCACUUCUCGCGGCACUCGUCGCCCUCGGCGCGAGCAGCGCGGUCCAGGCGGCGCCCAUUGUCGUCGUCGGCGACUCGCUCACCCAAGAGACGUGGAGCCGCGUCGAGACCGGUACCUGGCUUGUCGAGCACUACUCGCCGUACUGCUCGCACUGCAAGGCCUUUGCCCCCAAGUGGAAAGAGCUCGUCGACACGUACGAGGACGCCGCGUCGGCCCACAACUUCUACUUUGCCCAAGUCGACUGCGCCUCGAACGGCGACCUGUGCCACGCCAACUCGGUCAAGUACUACCCGUCGAUCUUCCUGUACCGCGACGGCGCCUUUGUCGAGGAGUUCGAGGACAAGCGCUCGCUCGAGGUGCUCGGCAAGUACGUCGAGGAGCACUACCCGGUCUCGGCGGAGAAGCUCGCCGCCGAGAAGGAGGACAAGGAGCAGAAGGAGCGUGCGGCAGGCGAGAAGGGCGAGUGGGACAGGCGGGAGCAGGCGGUGGACGGCAUGAGCGGGCUGGACAAGGUCAACGAGGGCGAGCGCGAGGACAAGGCGGCGGCGGCGGGUCCGGCCAAGGUCGAGGGCAAAGUGCGCCUCGCCCAACAGUGGGACGACGAUGUGGACGAGGAGGGCGAGGAGGCGGUCGCCAAGCCUGCGCAUCCGGUGCUGCACGUCGCCGACGAGGACGACGACGGCCCGAGCGCCAAGUCGGGCACGGUCCGCGAAGGCAAGGGCGACGACGAUGACGAGCCGCUCGCCCCGCUCCUGUCCGACGCCAAGAAGAAGCUCGACGCGUUCUACCCGGCGCCGGCGUCGUCGACCUCGUCCCUGUCCGCCACGACCUCGACCUCGACCCAGACGCCGGCGAGCGCCGACCCGACCUCGACGGCUUUUGCCCGUCCGGCGUUCGUCGCGCAGCAACCCGCCGUCGAAAAGAAGCGCAGCGGGCACGAGUGGCCAGCCGUCGACGGCUCGGUGCAGCUCUUGACGCCCGAGGACAUGGCCGUCCUCACCGACGAGGAGACGCCGGCCAGCUUCGUCAAGUUCUACGCGCCAUGGUGCCACCACUGUAAAUCAUUGCGACCAAAGUGGAAGGAGCUCGCCGAGGUGCUCGCUCCCGCAGGCGUGCACGUCUACGAGGUCGACUGCGACGCCGCCGAGAACAAGCGGGCGUGCCGGACCCAGGGCGUGCAAGGCUACCCGACGCUCAAGUUCUACAACAAAGGCGCGUCGGCCGAGUACCUGGGCAAGCGCGACGUCAAGUCGCUCGAGGCGUUCGCCCUCAAGGCCAAGGCGGCCACGACCGUCAAGACGCUCACGAGCGAGCACGAGCUCAAGCGCGCCGUCAAGGAGGACGAGGUCGUCGUCCUCUUCCUGCACUCGUCCGAGACGAAGCAGACCGACGUUGACGCCGGACACGCCGCCGCCAAGUCGCUCAUGGGCUCGUCGCCCGUCUACACCUCGAGCUCGCCCGAGCUCCUCGACCUGUUCUCGAUCCCGUCCAACCAGCCGACGUUCGUCACGCUCAAGGACCACUCGCUCGCGCCCUCGUCGACCUUCGCCCUCCCGCACGGCAUGUCGACGACCAAGCGCGUUGCGCUCGCACGCAGUUGGCUGCGCUCGGCCAAGCUCCCGGCCGUGACCGAGCUCACGUCGACGACGUUUGCCGACCUCAUGCCGACCGACGGCGAGCCGCCGCUGGUCGGGCUCGCGGUCUUCAGCCGCAAAGGCCUCGGCGACGACGGGUUCGAGCGCAAGAAGGACGAGGUCAAGGCGCUCGCGAGGGGGUGGGCGCAGAGGAGGCGGACGGCGAGCAGGGAGGAGCGAGACGUGCUGUGGGCGUGGGUGGACGGCGACAAGUGGGCCGGGUGGGUCCGGACCAUGUACGACGUCAAGAUGGGCGGCAAGGACGCGCCGGCGCUCGUCAUCGCCGACCCCAAGGCGCUCAGCUAUUGGUCCGAGACGCUGUCGGGCUCGCCGCUCGCGCUCGACGACCCGAACGAGGUGUAUCAGCUCGUCGAGGAGGGCAUCCACACGUCGCGGGCCAAGCCGCACUCGUCGCGCCAGUUCUUCGACCGCUUCGCUGUCUCGGUCGUCGACAGCUUCACGGCGAUGUACGAGUGGUGCUGGGCUCACCCGGUCCUGUUCCUCGUCGCGCUCGUCGCGUCGUGGAUCGGCACUUGGCGGCUGCUCAAGCGCGCGUUCGCCUCGCCGGGCUACGUGGCGAUCCCGAACGGCGGCGUCGGUGCGAGGGGCGGCGCAGGGCCGAAGAGGGAGUAGUUCGUCGAGCGCGAGCAUGCAUCUUGGACAACGUGCGCCCG